CCUUGACAUCGUUUAUCUGAAUUCAAAUGGUUUUCGAGAAAUUUCAAGAGGGUCGUUUGUAUUAAACAUUCAAUUUGACACCCUAGAUUUAUCUAGAAAUCCAUUAGAAUUUAUUGAAGCCACAGUUAUUUCUACGUUGCAUGUUAAGCAAGUUUAUUUGAUGAAUACACAUAUCAUGCAUGUUACACGUAGUCAAAUACAGAAUUUCUUGAAAGGUAUCAGCUUAUCAAUGUAUAUUGAGGAAUUCGAUUUAACAGGCGCCGAAAUACACCCAAUCGAAGGAUUCUUUUCACCUCUCAGCGGAAAGGAUUUAAAAAAAGUGAACAUUGAAAUGAAUAGUAUUGGUGAGAUAGGAAACACUGGUCUAGAUGGAUUGGAAGGUGUCUGCCAGCUUCAGCUAGGAUCAAACAAUCUGGCAGUCCUGGAUCCAAAUAUCUUUAACGGAAUGAUCGCCCUUCGUUCUCUUUCCUUGGAUAGCAACAGAAUCGUAACCCUCAACGAGGAAGCUACUCCAUGGGACAUUUCACUCGUAUAUUUAAACUUGGCAAGCAAUGAAUUUAGAUCGCUCAACAGCUCGAUCUUCUAUGGACUGAAAACACUAAGGAAAUUAGACUUGAGUGAAAAUUACAAACUUCAAUUUAUUGAAAAUGACACCUUUGUCUAUUGCUAUUCUUUAACGGAGUUAGAUGUGUCCGAUACGAAAAUUUUGAAUUUUCAUUUUCCUUACCUUCCUUUCCUCACUACUUUAAUCUUACAGUCAUCAUAUUGCCCUGAAAAUUUGAUUCGACCUGGUAAUCUGGGAAAUAAAGCGCCCUCUUUAGAAACACUCAAUCUACAAGACAAUAUAUUGACGUUAGAAAACCUAUGGGAUUCAUCUACCAACAAAUCUACAUUCUUUGGUUUACAAAAUCUAUCACAGCUUGAUCUUUCAAGUAAUAUAUUGAAUACUCUCCCGCUUGGUUUCUUCCAAAACUUAUAUAGUUUACAGAAUUUACGUUUGGAUAGCUGCUCGCUUUUUGUGUUAGAAAUAGGUUUAUUUGCUGAUCUUAAAAAACUUGCACUGUUGGGUUUGCAAAACAAUCACCUUACAAUUAUUCCCAGUGGUUUAUUCGAUGAAUUAUAUGAGUUACAAUAUCUAUUUUUGUUGGGAAAUGAAUUGACAUACCUCGAUGUAAAUGUGUUUAAAUACUUGUCUCGUCUUGUAUAUCUUGAUGCUUCUGAAAAUGGUUUAUUAGGACUGAACCGUAGCACAUUUGAACCACUAUCAAGUCUAAUUGAGGCUGAUUUAUUUCACAAUCCGUUCGUUUGUAAUUGUGAUCUAAAAUGGCUUCCUAGCUGGUUGAAAGGGACAUCAGUGGAAAUUGUAGAAUCAAGAGAUACUACGUGUCUCGACAGUAAAGCUACCCUCGAACCAUUUAGGGGCAAGCAAUUAAUCACUUUCGAUCCUACAGGCGAUUGUGAUGCAAACAUCGUCCUGUACAGUUCUUUAACCGUUGUAGCUAUGGUGGUCAUCCUUACUCUUGGUUUGAUCUACUAUCAGAGAUGGUGGAUCCGAUAUCGCCUGUUCCUUCUUAAGCUCUGUUUUGUUGGAUAUGAAGAGAUACACGACGACGCCGACCGAGAAGAAUACCAAUACGACCUCGCCGUCAUGCUACACGAAGCAGACGAUGAGUGGGUGGAUCAACAUUUACGACCAGCUCUGGUAGAACGACUGCCAGAUUUCAAUCGAAUCGUAUGUGGCGAUGAGGAGCUCAUGCUUGGCAUGUACUAUCUCGACGCUGUCCAUUACGCCACAGAACAAAGUUUCAAGACAAUUUGUGUGAUCAGUCGUGAUGCGUUACGGGAUCAGUGGUUCCUCAUGAAGUUCCGAACUGUCCUUGAUCACGUCAACGAUGUCGGUACAGAGAAGAUGAUUAUUGUAUUUGUGGAAGAUAUCGCAGAGGAAGAACUUCCUUUCCUAAUCAGAUUGUUUCUCAGUGAUCAUAGGCCAUAUCUGGUUUGGCCAGACGAUGAAAGAGGACAAUAUUACUUCUGGGAGGAAUUGGUCAAGGAUCUGACGAUUAAUCUCAGAUGCAAUCACCUGGUACCACCUAAAUAAGUAUCAUAUGUCUAUUAUCGAAAGGAUGUACAUUUUGUAACGUGACCACUUUAUCCAAAGUUUUGUUUAAAUAUGAUUCAACCAGAACAUGCUUAGUUGCACUUAUGAAGGAGGUGACGUAUUUGAGAUGAAGGGAAUACAAAAUAAAAGAUCUACAGAGAAGCUAUAGUAAGUGGGAGAACGGAAUGAAUUAUCACGAUAAAACAUGUAUAAACAAUAAUAAAAGCAGGCUUUUAUAUUACAGAGGAAUGCAACAACAAAUGCACGUGUUUUGUGUAUUGUAGAAUUUGUAACGCACUUAAUAAAACAAGGUAAUUAUAAAAAAAAUAUAUAGGCAGAUAGAGAUUCAGAUGUAGGUAUAUUUUGUUUAAACUAGAAGCUAGAUGUUGACAAGGACUAUUUUUAUAUUUUCAGGAAGAUCAUUCCAUAUUUUUCAGACUACU